AUGGAGGAGUUAGAGAAGUGGGCCAUUGCUUUGGAGAACUACAUAAAGAGCAUGGGUAUUGAAGUUGAGGAGAUGCAGGAAUACAAGGAUAGCCUCGUUCGCCAUUUUCGUGAAUACAUUGAACCGGACAGUAUACUUUUGCACACUAUGAGUAGUAGCAGUGGUGGCACUGGUGUAGUCACUGGUGCUGGUGACGCCCCUUCACCGGUGGUCCCGGUCUCUCGGCCAGCUGCUGUCGCCGCAACCGGUGGGAAUCCCCUCCAUCCGGCUACUGCAGCCCUUCUUAAAUUGAGUGGCUUAAGCCAACAGCAACAAAACCAAUCUGUUCUCCAGGACGAGGUCGAAGAAGGUGAUGAGGAUAAUGUCGACGAACUAGAGGGCGAGGAGGGCGAGAAGUCAAAGAUGAAGAGGAGCAAGAAGACGGUUUCUGAUGUGCUUAAGGAGUUACCCAUCACUCCCGGUGCUUUAAUUAAUAAUCUCGGUAUUCCCCUGGUGGUUGUGGUCACCAAGACUGACGUGAUGAAUGAGUUGGAGCGGGAGCAAGGCGUGACUGAAGAGCAGUUCGAUAUCAUUCAAAUGCACAUUCGUCGGUUCUGCCUCUCCUACGGUGCCGCCCUUGUCUACGUGUCGGCCAAGAACGGCAAGAAUUGCGGUCUGUUGAAGAACUACCUGCAACACCGUAUUUACGGCUUUCCAUUCACACAGAAUGCCUACGUUAUUGACAAGGACAGCGUGUUCAUCCCUGCUGGUUGGGAUAGCCUGAACAAGAUUAGUCUGUUGGAACAGAAUCUGACUAAAUAUCGUCCCGGUGAUGACUUUGAAAAAGUAGUUCCCAAGCCGCAAGAGGAAACCAAAACCACAAACAAGGAGCCAGCAGAGACCGCUCUGGAUGAUCAGUACUUCCUGAGUGAAAUCUUCACUGACCUACAACGGCACAACGCCGCAACCGGUGGAGCAGGUGAAAAUGGCACUGAAUCGCAUGAACAAGCCUCUGUUCUCGACGUCGCUGGAACGCCUCCUAGUCGGCCAUCCUCGGGAUCUGCUUCACGAAGUCGUUCUUCGGGCGCCGGUGUCGGUGGUGGCUUGUCGGGCAGCUCAUCCGAAAGGGUGCUAGCGACCUUUUUCAACAAUCUGCUCAGCAAGAGUCCGUCAUCUCGUCAAACUCCAAACGGUCCUCCCGCCUCAUCGUUUGCUCCAGCGCCUGCUGAGACGAGUGGUUUCGGCGAUACCUCCUCAAUGUCAGCCAGGGAGAUGCAGUCGGAGUUAGAACGACUGGCACGGACAUCGAAGGAGGCAUUGGACGACUCGCCAGGAGCGGGAGAAAAGACAGUAACCACUGACAAGUCGUCAUAA